AGCAGGUGAAUGAACUCAAAACAAGAGAAUUUGUCACACUAUUAUUUAAAAUUCUCCUUUAUCGGUGUACUUUUAGGAGAUUCACAGAGAAAAAUGCAAAAUCAGUUUCUACAAUUUUAGCCAAGUUAUUAAUAUUUCAAGCUUUGAGGUUUUGUUGUAGUGAAACUUGAAAAUGGAGCGAGGAAUUAGCGUGGAAGAGAGAAGAGCAAUGAAUAAUGAAGGUUAGUGGUCACCAGUCGUAAUGAAUAGAGUAAAAGAUGAAAGAUCAAGUGUAGGAAGUAUUCCACAAGUCAAUUAAUUAUCGUGGUUUGUGUCUGAACUACCUGAAAAAGAUAUCUCAAUAAAGCAGCUUACGAAUUUGCUUACAGUAAAGCAUCGGUACAGAUGAAUUUUCCUUGACAAGUUUACUUUGACAAGUUGUAUUUGCUCGUGCGUAUGGCAAAAGUUGACAAUUUUUCCUUGCUAGGGAGUCUUGUACGAAAACUAGUCCUUCCAGCUUUUGGUCAAGGUAAAUUCUUCGUGUGUACGGCCGCCAAACUUGAUAAGAGUACACCAACUAUACUUUUUAUGGUUUUGGCAAACAAAAGGCGGUGUUGACGUGAGAUCGACAAAUGUUUAACAACAUCCCGUGCACACAAACAACAGAGCAACAGACCAUACACACGAGAAAGUAUAAGCUUGUCAGGGAAAACUUGCUCGGCUGUAUGGGGCUGUCAUGGUUUGUGUCUGAACUAUCUUAGAAAGAUAUCUCAAACGUUGGGCUUCAGUGUAUAUAGGUGUCUAUAUAUUCUACAAUAAGCAGCCGUGCAUGUUUGUAUCUAAACCACUAUACCUGAAAAUCUCCUCCACGUGUGAGAUAUCUUGUUGAGGUAGCUCAGACACAAACCAUGAUAAGCUUAUUGCUACAAAGACCUUGCUAUGGAGGAAAUCAGCUGUCGCGUGUCCAGCAAUUAUAUCCCCUCAGCGUGACACGCAUUGCACGCAGCGGGAAAGCGAAUGAUACGAACUUGACAAAGCGUUCGUCGAAGAAUAACAGCGAAAGUUGGCAUCUCUUUGAACACUCAAACGUUGCCUUUGAUGUUGUUUCUCGCGUUCUUCAUUUCAUUUCAUUAUGAACUCUCACAAUUCCGCGGCGCAUGAAAAGUUCGAAACUGAAGGUAUAAAGUUAGUUGAUAAGAGAUGGUCCUUUAUUACUGGACCUCUAGGAAGACUAAUUUAUUCUGAUAGAGCUAUUAAAUAUAACUAAAGUUAGUUUAAAUCCGGUUUCUUCCUGUAUGUAUAGUAACACUGAAUCAAUAAGGGAUGAUCCUUACUGGACCUUUCAGGAAGAACAGUUUAGAACUGAUAGAGCUAUCCAGUAUAAAUAAAGUUUAGUUUAUGUUUCCUCCUGUAGUAACACUGGAUCAAUAAGAGAUGAUCCUUACUGGACCUUUCAGGAAGAACAGUUUAGAACUGAUAGAGCUAUCCAGUAUAAAUAAAGUUAGUUUAUUUUAUGUUUCCUCCUGUAGUAACACUGAAUCAAUAAGAUAUGAUCCUUACUGGACCUCUAGGGAGAACAGUUUAGAACUUAUAGAGCUAUCCAGUAUACAUGUAAAUAAAGUUAGUUCACGUUUCCUCCUGUAGUAACACUGAAUCAAUAGGAGAUGAUCCUUACUGGACAUCUAGAAAGAACAGUUUAGAACUGAUAGAGCUAUCCAGUAUAAAUAGAGUUAGUUUAGGUUUCCUCCUGUAGUAACACUGGAUCAAUAAGAGAUGAUCCUUACUGGAACUCUAAGGAGAACAGUUUAAAACUGAUAAAGGUAUCCAGUAUAAAGUGUUUUGUUUUGUUUAAAUUGCCUCGCAAACUCAUUUCAAAUCUUUUUCGUUGCAGAGGAGAUUUCCAGUUCUGAUCCGGAGGAUUUGGGGUUUUGUGCGUUAAUCCUGACCGCAGUAUCUCUAGUUCUCGUCGUCCUUACUUUUCCAUUUUCACUGAUCUUCUCGCUUAAGGUAAGAGGAAGUUUUCAAGGCAAUGAUUUAAUCAUCUCUCACAAUCGAUAGAUGUUAAUCAACACGCUGAACAUUCUGUUGAAUAUUAAUUUUUCAGAUAGUUCGUGAGUACGAGAGAGCUGUUAUAUUUCGAAUGGGUCGUCUUCUUCCUGGGGGAGCCAAAGGACCUGGUUAGUUCAUUAUCAGUUGUAUGUAUUAUCAGAAUCACAACACAGGAGUCAGACUUGAACUAAUCCUAAAAGAGUUAGUUUAACACCUAUGUUAACAAACUAGCUUUAUUUAUACUGGAUAACUCUAUCAGUUCUGAACUGUUGUACAUAGAGGUCCAGUAAGAAUAUAUCUUAUUGAUCCAGUGUUGCUACAGGAGAAAACCUGAACUAAACUAACUUUAUUUAUACUGGAUAGCUCUGUCAGUUCUUAACUAUUCUUCCAAGAGUUCCAGUAAGGAUCAUCUCUUAUUGAUACAGUGUUACUACAGGAGGAAACCUAAACUAAACUAACUUUAUUUAUACUGGAUAGCUCUGUCAGUUCUGAACUGUUCUUCCUAUAGUUCCAGUAAGGAUCAUCUCUUAUUGAUCCGGUGUUACUACAGGAGGAAACCUAAACUAAACUAACUUUAUUUAUACUGGGUAGCUCUAUCAGUUCUAAACUGUUCUUCCUAGAGGUCCAGUAAGGAUCAUCUCUUAUUGAUCCAGUGUUACUACAGGAGGAAACCUAAACUAAACUAAGUUUAUUUAUACUGGAUAGCUUUGUCAGUACUGAACUGUUAUCCAUAGAAGUCCAGUAAAAAUAUCUCUUAUUGAUCCAGUGUUGCUACAGGAGUGAAACCUAAAAGAACUAAAUUAACUUUAUUUAUACUGCUAGAGGUCCAGUAUAAAGGCCAUCUCUAAUUAGUCCAGUAUUACUUCUUGAGGAAACCAGGGAAGAUCUGCGCAUGCACUGGGGUGAAAUUAUAACCCUUAUAUAUUCAAGGUCAUUCAACACCAACACCCCAAAUUACAUUCUGUUUUUCCGUUUAGGAUUAUUUUUUGUCGUACCAUGUAUUGACACGUACAAAGCGGUUGAUCUUAGGGUUGUGUCGUUUGACGUUCCACCACAAGAAGUGAGUUUCUUUAACGAAUAAGAGCUUCUCUUGCUAUCUAAAGUUAAAUUAUUGAACGUCAGUUAGGGUUUUGUAGCGAAGAGUUGUCAAGGGGAGCAUUGCGGAGCCAGGGAAGAUAAAUUGUUAUUACUGUUGUUGUAUUAGAUUCUCACCAAAGACAGUGUGACAGUGGCUGUGGAUGCUGUUGUGUACUACAAGAUUUAUGAUGCUACAAUGUCUAUAACAAAGGUAGAAAAUGCCAGUCGGGCGACGAGAUUUCUUGCACAGACCACACUACGUAAUGUUCUGGGAACAAGAAGUCUGAGUGAGAUUUUGUCAGAGAGAGAAGCAAUAAGCCAUAAUAUUCAGGUAAGUAAGUGUUUCUUUCGUUUUCAUUCUUAUUCCUUCCUUUCCACCCUCCUUUCUUCCCCCUUUUUCUCUCCCCUACCUUUCCCCCUCCCUCUUUACCCCGCCCUUCUGUUCCUUCCUAUCUUUCUCUCCCUUCCUGGCAUCUCCCAUUUCUUCUCCCUUAUUUCCCCUCUCCCCACUUCCUCCCACACUUCUUACCCCCACCCCUACCUUCGCCUUUCUCUCUCCCUCCCAGUCUCCCCCCUUUCCAGAUCUGUUUCUUCUUCCUCCCAUCCUCUACCUUUCCUCCUACCCCCCACCUCUCCUCCCAUCCUCUACCUCUCCUCUCUUCCUCCCAUCCUCUACCUCUCCUCCUAUCCCCCACCUCUCCUUCCUUCGUGAUUUCAUCUCAUGCACAUCUUUCUCGUCAGGCAACUCUCGAGGGACCAACAAGAGGCUGGGGGGUUCAAGUGCAACGCGUAGAAGUGUGAGUAUAAGAUCACUGAAACCAAAAUGAACCUGAGAUUCAAGGAAACAUUCUAUUAAAUCUUUACCUUCCUUGGUUUACAGUAAAGAUGUGCGCCUUCCUCAGAACCUUCAGAGAGCUAUGGCGGCUGAAGCAGAGGCCGCGAGAGAAGCCAGAGCGAAAGUAAGCUCCAUAAUUCCGCUAGCGUAAACACGUAUUACAUAGAAUACAAGGAGAGGUAAUUAAGAUUGACGUAACGACGUUUCAUGGCAGAUCAACUGUAAGCUGUUCGAAGUUAGGAGAAUUUGUGCAUUAAAAUUGAAGAAUGAAUUGACUAAAAACUUGUCGAAACCUUCGGAAACUGGAAGAACUUACCUUCAAAUGCGAAUUGACGUUUACCGGUGUGCCGUAAACUUCACUCUUAACCUCUCUACUAUCUACACUGGACCACCACGUUUGAGAUAUCUUUAUUGACGUUGACGGUUUUCUUUAUUCGUAGGUUAUCGCAGCUGAAGGUGAAAUGAACUCGUCUCGUGCUUUGAAAGAAGCUGCGGAAGUGAUCGCAGAGUCACCUCAUGCCCUACAACUACGGUAUUUACAAACAUUGAACGCCAUUGCAGCUGAAAAAAACUCGACAAUCAUAUUUCCACUACCAAUGGAACUUACAACAUCUAUGAUGUCGAAGAAAAGUUCUUCUAUUGGCAGUGUGCGAGUGGUUUGACGUUUCGAGAUUAUCGUUUUGCUUGUAUAUCGUAAAUGUGGUAGAUGGUACAUUUUCUGGUUUUUAUUUGUUGAAAAAUGAGUAAUAUAAGCGUACAGUGUUGUAGAGUAAAGCAGUCUGUGUAGGUAGUGCUAAUAAUCACAAAUCUUUCGUUGCUAGGGAUGGAGCUAGCUGAAAAAUCAAUGCAGCCGUACAUGGCUGGGCUGUGUACAGUACAGUGCCCUGGGUACGAGGUUGUGCCGUACGAUGCGGCGAUGUGCCGUACAAUACAGUACAGUACAGUACAGUACAGUACAGUACAGUACAGUACAGUACAGUACAGUACAGUACAGUACAGUAAAGUCCAUACCCUCACUACAAUACAGUACACUACCAUACCAUACACUACCAUACCAUACACUACCAUACCAUACAGUACACUACCAUACAGUACACUACCGUACCAUACAGUACACUACCAUACCAUACAGUACACUACCAUAAAGUACACUACCAUACCAUACAGUACACUGCCAUACAGUACACCACCAUACCAUACAGUACACUACCAUACAGUACACUACCAUACCAUACACUACCAUACCAUACCAUACAGUACACUACCAUACAGUACACUACCGUACCAUACAGUACACUACCAUACCAUACAGUACACUACCAUACCAUACAGUACACUACCAUACCAUACAGUACACUACCAUACAGUACACUACCAUACAGUACACUACCGUACCAUACAGUACACUACCAUACCAUACAGUACACUGCCAUAAAGUACACUACCAUACCAUACAGUACACUACCACACACUGUACAGUACACCACCAUAGUACAAUACAUCGGCGGUUGUACGAAGGCAGGAGAGUGAUUUUUUUCAAGCGUCGUAAAAUUGUCCGUUGAUUGGUAAAGCCCACAUUAAACUUCAGUAUUUAUAAAUUAUUAGUAUUUCUUUUUAUCAAUUGUCAGGUCUAUCUAUAUCGGUAAUUUUAUAGCUUUUUAAGCAUUUUUGAAACAAUCGGUUGAAAAAAAUCACCAUUCGGUGGCUUUGUAAAAACGGUUCCUAUACAGAGUACAGAUCACAGAGUAAAUACCAUACAGAGCUCUCACUUCUUAUUAAUUUCAGCGUAAGGAAUUAUUCCAGUCCGUCAUGUUCUUAGCAAGUGCCCUAAAGAGAGACUGUCACCCCCCUGAAAACAAAUUGAAAUUUAAUGCUCCAGGGGGGUGGGCGGCUCGCUUUAGGGCACUUGCUAUAAGUACAUGGGCCGCCAGAUAUACGCAGUAAAAACUACAUACGUAAAAAUCUCACAACUUGUCAACAAGAUGUGUUCGCAACAGACUUGUGCCAAGCUGGUCAACAAGUUAUAACAAUGUUGUUAUUUUAUCAAGUUGCUACAAGAUUUUCGCUCACAACUUGUCAACAAGAUGUGUUCGCAACAGGUUUGUAGCAAGCUUGUCAACAAGUUGUAACAAUGCUGUUAUUUUAUCAAGUUCAGCUACAAGAUUGAGACUCACAACUUGUCAACAAGAUGUGUUCGCAACAGGUUUGUAGCAAGCUUGUCAACAAGUUGUAACAAUGCUAUUAUUUUAUCAAGUUCAGCUACAAGAUUGAGACUCACAACUUGUCAACAAGAUGUGUUCGCAACAGGUUUGUAGCAAGCUUGUCAACAAGUUGUAACAAUGCUGUUAUUUUAUCAAGUUCAGCUACAAGAUUUUCACUCUCAACUUGUCAACAAGAUGUGUUCGCAACAGGUUUGUAUCAAGCUUGUCAACAAGUUGUAACAAUGCUGUUAUGUUAUCAAGUUCAGCUACAAGAUUGUCACACACAACUUGUCAACAAGAUGUGUUCGCAACAGGCUUGUAGCAAGCUUGUCAACAAGUUGUAACAAUGCUGUUAUUUUAUCAAGUCGCUACCAGGUUGUCACUCGCAACAACUUGUUGACGGAUUGUUGAAUUGUAGGACGAUAACAAGUUGUUGGAACAACUUGUAACAAGUCUGUUGAGCUCAACAACCUUGUAGCAAGUUGCAACAAGCCGUUGACAACUUGUCAACAAGCUGGGAACAAGCAGUGCGAACACAUCCUGUUGACAAGUUAUUGGAACAGCAUUGCUACAAGUCUGCUGCAGGUUUGUUACAACUUGUGCGUUAUAGUUUUACGAGUGUACCUUACGUUUUUCUCGCGAAGUCGUGACUCGUGAGACCUCUGUAUAUGGUUAGUACUCUGUGACAGAGUACAGUACUGUACGGCGCAAUGCAUUACUAUAGUGUCCAUUUCAAUGCCAGCAAAAACCUCCAAAUUUAAUAAACCAAUUUGCACAGAACAAAUCAGUUUAAUUG